CUAAGAUGGCGUCUAUAACCGAGAAAAAGAAAUUAGCCGAAUUAAGAGUAAUAGAUCUCCGUGCCGAAUUAGAUAAAAGAGGUUUAGAUAAAACUGGUGUUAAGGCUGUGCUAUAUGAACGUUUACAAAAGGCCAUUGAAGAGGCUGGUGAAGACCCUAAUGAAUUUUUGAUAGAAGUUUCUGAAAGCACACCCAAGAAACCGACAACCAAAAAAUCGCCAAGACGACCUGAUUCUGGUGACACCACAUCUGAAAAAGCCAAUGAUGAGGAGGAUGAUGAUAUAGAGGAAGAAAUGGAGGUUGGUGAUACAACUAAUGAAAAUUCUGAAGAUGUAUUGGCAGAAAAGACUACAGAAAAUGAAAGUGCAGAGACAAAUGAAGAUCCUGCUACAGAAGAGCCCACUCCUACCCCAGGCAGUCAACCAGUUAAAGAAGAAGUUGAAACUGAGGCUCCAGUAAAGGUGGAAACUGAAAGUAAAAAGGAAAUGGAAAUAACAAAUGAAAAAGAAAUGGAAACAAAAGAAAAAGAGAAUGGGGGAACAGUUGUUAAAAUUGAAAGUGUCAAAACAGAAUUAACGGUUAAAGAUGAAAAGAAAGAAGAAAUUAAGGAUAAAACAGCCAUUGUAAAAGAGGAGAAAAUGGAAACCAAUUCUACUGGAUCUGAAGCACCCAAAGUGGAUGCUGAGCCUGUGAAAAUGGAAACUGAGGAAUCUUCUGUGAAGACUGAAGACGAUAAAGCUGGUGAGGUCAAACAAUCAGAUGAAAAGGAAACCAAACUAGCUGCAGUAGAAGCUGUCAAAACCGAAGAAAGCACAGAUGCAGCCUCAAAAGUUACCACUAAUCCACCAAAAGCAGCCGUGACUAAGACAACCCCAGGUAAAACUGCAGCAAACAAGACACCUGUUGUAAAAGCUGCAGCUACAGC